AUUUUUUUAACCCGUUUCAAAUUGAAACCGACAUGCCCACCUCGUGGAAAGCUCUUAAUUGUGCAUUGCAAGGACUCAACCCUGUGUCUGUGUAGUACACAACGGAGAGUUGCCAGCUCGUUUCCUCACAGCUUCUUGUCCUUCCUCCCUUCCCAUAUAGUCCAACUUAGAUCCUAAAUCAACAACUUCAGGGAAGAUUCAAGCUGCCAUUGCUCUAUACCAGCUUCGUUUUUGAUUGCUUCGUCUUGUUGCAAGGUUGAAGUUUAGAAUUUUCCCAUUUCUCUACCAAGCUAUACUCCCCAUAAGGUUUUGCUGCCUUUGUAUGAGGCAGAAGGCAAGGAAUUUCUUCAUCAGUUCAUUUUAAGGGGCACUCUUAUAUUGCAGAUGGCUGAAAGCUCUGAAGGAAAUCAUGAAAUUAGUAGCCUGCCAGAUGAGAGCUACCGUUAUGAGAGACCAUAUUUAGAAUCUAUAUACGAUUCAUUCUUAUGCCCUCUAACGAAGCAAGUGAUGCGUGAACCUGUAACUACUGAAAAUGGUCAAACCUUUGAAAGGGAAGCAAUUGAGAAAUGGUUUAAGGAAUGUAAGGCAAGCGGAAGAAAUCCUGUUUGUCCCAUAACACGUAGAGAGUUAAAAAGCACAGAGCUUAAUCCGAGUAUAGCUUUGUCGAAAACUAUAAAAGAAUGGAAUGCACGAAAUGAAGCUGCUCAGCUUGAUAGGGCUCGAAGAACACUGUCUAUGGGAAAUGCUUCAGAGACUGAAAUCCUGCGUGUGUUGCAAGAUCUUGUGAAUCUCUGCCAGAAAAGUAGGUCCAAUACUCAAGCAAUCCGUAAUGCAGAUCUGAUACCAAUGAUUAUUGAGAUGCUAAGGAGCAGUAGUAGGAGAGUUCCGCUCAAAGCUCUUGAAACUCUUCGAGCUACUGUAGAGCAUGAUGAUGCCAAUAAGGAUAUAUUGGCUGAAGGUGAUACUGUGCGGACAAUAGUGAAAUUCUUGCACCAUAAGAAAUCCAAGGAGAGAGAAGAAGCCGUUUCUUUGUUAUUUGAGCUAUCAAAAUCCAAGUCUUUGAGUGAAAAGAUUGGAUCAAUCAAUGGAGCCAUUCUCAUCCUAGUUGGAAUGGCAAGCAGCAGUUCAGAAAAUGUUGUUACUGUUGAGAGAGCUGAGAAGACACUAGUAAAUCUUGAAAAGUGUGAAAGCAAUGUACGUCAACUGGCAGAAAAUGGGAGAUUAUGGCCUCUUUUGACUCUGCUACUUGAAGGAUCAAAUGAGACCAAGCUUUCGAUGGCUGCUUUUCUUGGUGAUUUGGUCCUUAACAAUGAUGUGAAAGUCUUAGUAGCCAAGAGUGUCGGUCCAUCACUCAUUAAUAUGAUGAGGGAACAUGGUAGCAUGGAAGCUAGAGAAGUUGCUUUAAAAGCUUUAAACCAAAUAUCUUCAUACGAAGUGAGUUCCAAGCUCUUGAUAUCAGCUGGUAUACUUUCACCCCUUGUGAGGGAUCUCUUUGCCAUUGGUGCCAAUGCACUUCCCAUGCGACUAAAGCAAGUCUCUGCAACAAUAUUAGCAAAUAUUGUGAACUCCGGUUAUGAUUUUGAUUCUAAACAACGCGAUCACCAGAAUUUAGUUUCAGAAGAUACAAUCCAUAACUUUCUCCAACUUAUCAGCAACACAGGACCCGCCAUAGAAAGUAAGCUUCUUCAGGUUCUUGUUGGACUUACUAGUUCCUCCACCACAGUAACCAGUGUUGUUUCUGCUAUUAGAAGCUCAGGUGCUGCAAUCAGCUUGGUUCAGUUCAUUGAGGCCCCACAGAAGGAUCUUAGAGUGGCUUCCAUAAAACUUCUCCAGAACCUCUCCCCGCAUAUGGGUGAGGAAUUAGCAGGUUGCUUAAGUGGUACUAGUGGUCAACUUGGCAGCCUAAUCAAAGUCAUAUCAGAGAAUACAUUUGGUAUAACUGAGGAACAAGCAGCAGCUGUUUGCCUUUUAGCUGACCUACCUGAGCGUGAUAUAGGCCUUACAAGGCAGAUGCUUGAUGAAAAGUUCUUCCAGCUUGUCAUCUCAAGGGUAGAUGGCAUACGGCAUGGAGAAAGAAGUGGGGGGCGCUUUGUGACUCCAUUUCUUGAAGGGCUAGUGAAAGUUCUUUCCCGCAUCACUUUUGUUUUGUCCAAUGAACCAGAUGCUCUUGCAGUUUGCCGUGAAUACAAUGUUGCUUCACUUCUCAUUGAACUUUUGAAAACAAACGGGCUUGACAAUGUACAAAUGGUAUCUGCUAUGGCCUUGGAGAACCUAUCUCAAGAGUCAAAGAACUUGACGAAAUUGCCCGAGCUGCCUAAGCCUGGGUUCUGUAUAUCAAUCCUCCCUUGUUUGGGUUCCCCACAUGUUAUAACUGGAUUAUGUAAAGUCCAUCGCGGGACUUGUUCGUUAAAAGAGACGUUUUGUCUUUUGGAAGGUCAGGGUGUAGAAAAGCUGGUCGCUCUCCUUGACCAUACCAAUGAGAAGGUGGUUGAGGCAUCACUUGCAGCUUUGUCCACUUUGUUGGAUGAUGGGGUUGAUAUUGAACAAGGAGUUCAGGUGUUAUGUGAUGCAGAAGGAAUCAGACCCAUACUUGACGUGUUGCUUGAGAAACGUACGGAAAAUUUGAGAAGAAGGGCAGUUUGGGCUGUUGAGAGACUUCUACGCACUGAUGACAUAGCUUAUGAGGUUUCUGGGGAUCCAAAUUUGAGCACAGCACUAGUGGAUGCAUUCCAGAAUGCAGAUUAUCCGACAAAACAAAUUGCGGAACGGGCAUUAAGGCAUGUUGAUAAAAUCCCAGAUUUCUCUGGUGUCUUUCCAAACAUGGCAUAGGGAUUAACAAAUGCUUUCCUUCAUGUUGAUGCGGAUGAUGCCCUUGUAUUUAUCUUCAUUAUUGAGUGUAUUCAUAUUUAUAUUAAGUUGCAUCCAAGAUGUUGAUUUUUCUGUGAAUAUAGUAAGAAGCGCAGGUAAAGGUUUGACAUUGAUGUAAAGAAGUUGAUAUAUUCCAUCUCUGAAUUUAACAAUACCAAUAGACUUUAGUUUCAUCUUUCCAUGCACCGUGAAUAUGUGUACUUGAUUUUGUUACGGACUUACGGAGUAUUUAGUUUAAAGGUUUUACUUUUAUUGAUGUACUAUAAUUUUUAUUUGUUGUGAAUGUUACUAGAGGGUUGAGCAUUAUAUUGAUGUAAUAAUUGUUGAUAUCUUGUUAAAAAUUC